UUGAGCAAGAUGGCUGCAAACAGUGGACAGGAAACACACAGAUCGGGACCAUUUAAACAGCAAAAUAAAGCCCAUAAAACCGGACGACAUCGCAGCAAAGGACAGAUAGAGACACAAGGGAAAGGCCGUGUAAAUGUCAAGACGCAAUCCAAGAAAAACAGACAUGAAAUCAGCAAAGUGGACAGGAGACAUCAAGCCCUGCAGAGAAGACAGCACAAACGUGAGGAGACAUUGGCAAGGAAACGCAGCAUCGGUGGUAGGGACAGUGCCCCUCAUCUUGUGGUGGGUAUUCACAAGGAAGACGAACUUAUCACUAAUGAUUAA